UAGAACACUGAACUGGUAAGUGACUUGCCCAAGGUCACACAGCCAGUAAGUGUCAGAAGUGGAACUUGUACCCACAUCUUACUGGCUUGGAAGCCAUCUCUUUCUCCACCGUACCAUGAUUCCUCUCCAGCUGGGAGUAAACUUUGUUCUCCCCUGGAAUUGGUACAGUUCCUCUAGUUAUUGUUUCCGCUUGCCCAGCUACCAAAUGUUUUUCUUUUUGAUUAUUAACCAUUCAUGUCACCUAUCGUACUUUCCAGAGAAUUGAAAUGCAUUAUCCAAUCUGAGUGAAAUAAAGAUAAACUGAAAUUAAAUAAUGUAUUAAAUUCUCCUUUGAAAGUAGCAGGAGGGAAGCUGGGAGAAUUCAAGCACAAAUGACUAUAAUCCCAUUCCAGUGUCUCAUUCCCAAAAGGAGGUAACCAGGUUUUCAAACUAUGCCAUUGGAGCACAAGCAUCAAAUGAGGGAUGUUUGUUGUCUGAGAAUCAGCAUAGGUAAAUUCAAAAAGGCUUAUCACUAGAAGAUUGGCAGCAGGGUGAUGAAUAUUUUGACCAAGGUAUUUCAUGAAACAAGAAAAUCAACUGUCUACUAAGAUGCAGAAAGGUUACAUUUGGAAGGAGCAUCUACUUGACAAAAAAAAAAAGGAUCCUUUAAGUAUUGAAUUAAAUAUUCAAGCUGAUCAUGUAUUUUGUUAGCAAACUGUUUAUUAAACAGCCUCUGCUUAAGUCAGUGGGGGGAAAGAGGAGAAACAUCCCUCAUGGUUUGAUUGCUAUAUCUGAGUGACAGUUGUUUGAAAAACGGCCAAGGAAGUAGGGGGUUAAUCCUAGAGCCUUGUGUAAGCAUUUGGGUGGUUCUGCUAUUUCUGCCUACAAGAGAUCACAAUUUACCACCUCUUGGUAGCUAAGUAGUCCUAGCUUUGACUCCAUGCAUUAGAAACAGCUGCUACUAUUAUCAGUGAGCUAGAAGGGGGAAGAAAAAAUAAAAUAAAAACAGACUAGCAGUGCUAGCUAAAUGAGUACCUGAGCCCUGCAUAGUUACUAUGCUUAUGCAAACAUGUUUAGAGACAGCUGUGUGUUUGAGGAUGAAUGGUAACUUUAAAGUAUGCCUGGUUACAUGAACUCCUGUUGCUAGAAUGAGAAAUUAAUAAACCUUGUUGCUUAAAUGAUUAAUCCAUGACAAUGUAGGAAGGCCUAUAAAAUCGGAUAGCAGACCAGAAAGAAAUUGAUUUCAUAUUGUUUAGAUUUUGUGGGAAGAAGUGUUUCUGGAGAAGUUUGUUGCGUUCUUGAGGCAAAUGUUUACCCAAGUUAUAGAGAGAAGGAAGGGAAUAAAGACUAGGGAGGCAAUUUUGGUAAAUGUAGGGGAAGCAAAUGUAAAUUUUACAGAUGAGUGGAUUUUUCUGAAGGUCUGAAGUUUCUAUAUAGCCUUUAUGCAAGUCUAGGAUUCACUCAUGAGAUACAAUAUGGUAAGUAGAAAAAAUGCUAGACUUUGACACAAGCUGCGUUUGAAUCUUGGCUCUAAAACUUACUAGUUGUGCACGUGGUGUCCUGGACAGUGAUAGGAAAGUUCAGAAUAAGUGGGAGAAUUGGAGGGUGGGGGAGAGGAAAGAGAAUGAGUUCUGUUCUGAACAUGUCAAAUUUGAAGUGGUUAGGGGACAUUCAGUUGGAAAUGUCCAAAAGGCAGUUGGUGAUAAGGAGCCAUAACUAAGAAAAGUGGCUAGGUUUCGAUAUGUAGAUCUGGAAAUCAUCUGCAGAAAAAAUGAAUAAUGAACCCAAGGAAGCUAGAUGGAAUUACAAAGUCAGAUAGUAUAGUCAGAAGAGAGGAGGGCCCAGUACAGAACCUUGGGGAGCACUCAGAGUUAGUGGAUGUAAUGCAGAUGAAGUUUGAGCACAGAUAACUAAAGAAAAGCCAUCAGACAGGUAGGAGAAAAACCAAGAGAAAGUAGUAUCACAGAAACCUAGAUAAAAGAGAGUAUCAAGAAGAGGAUGAUCUACCAUAUCGAAGGCUACAGAGAAAUCGAAAAGUAGGAAGACUGGGAAAGGGUCAUUAGAUUUGGCAAUUAAGAGAUCAUUGGCAUCUUUGGAGAGAGCUGGACAUAAUGGCUUAUUAGAUGGGGUAUAGAUAUUACAUGUAAACCAACCAUGUUACUUGCACCACUUAACUGUAUAGAAAGUGCUUUAUGUCCCUUAAAGUAUUAUAUAAGUGCAAGUUAUUCAUUCAGCAGAAAUUUGUGUAUCCUUUAUAAUAUUGUAUGUUAUACAAAGAAACACAUAGUCCCAGUGGACAAAUGAAACAUUCUUGUGAAAAAUUAAGUAGUAAUGACAACAAUACAGCAUAUUAUAAAACAGUCAUGAUAAGUGCCAAAUGCAAGACACACGUAGUAAAUGCUAUAAGAACAAAAGAGAGAUUAUGAUGGUCAGAUGUGGUUUCAUAGAAAAGAUUGAAUUUGAGUGGAUACUUGGAAGAUACAUAGAAUUUGGAUAAGCAGAGAGAGGGCAGGGAAAUACUUCCGGCAAAGGUACAGAAAAAGGAAUGUGCAUGGCAUGUUCAGAGGAUAUCGAGUAAAGCAAUAUAAUUGGAGUACAGAAUUCGUAUAGGAUAGUACUGGAAAAUAAAAAGGGGGAAGAGAUCAGUGUAGGUGUUUUGCUUCUGUUUUGAGACUGUAUUGUCCCAUCUCACCUAGGCUAGAACAUGCAGCAGCCACUCACAUGCCCAAUCCCAAAACAGAUUGGCAAAGAAGUUCUAACCUCUUUUUUUCUGACCUGGAUCAGUUCACCUCUCCUUAGCCUGGUGCUGCCAGGGGCCCGUCAUAUUGGUGUUGGACUUAGUAUGGACUCCUGAUCAGCUUUAGCCCUCUUGCAGCUCACAACUCCCAAACUAAAGCAAUCUGCCAGCUUUCCCAGGUAGCAGGGAUUACAGGUAUAUACAACUGUGCCCAGCCCACUGUAAGUGUAAAGUGAUGAACUAAGGAAUUUAAACUUUAUCCUGUCAGUAAUGGAGAGAGAUUGCAGAUUUUUUAGUAGGAGGGUGACAUGAAAGCAGUGUGUUCAUUGGCUUGUACAACACGUAUUAGAGAGGAAGAGGCUAGAGUAUAUCCCUUCCCAAGAUUUAUAUAUCUUACCUUUCCCUUUUUUUUUGGGGGGUGGGGGGAAUAUUUCUUCCUUUCAGGUGCUUCCAUUAAUAAUUCUGAAGAUGAUGAAGAAGAGGAUAUCGUGGAUUUGGCUGCCAACUCACUCUUGAACAAACUAAUUCGGCAGUCCUUAGUAGAGUCCACUCACCGUGUGGAAGUCUUACAGAAGGAUCCUAGCUCUCCUCUCUAUUCAGUAAAGACAUUUGAAGAGUUGCGACUAAAAGAAGAGUUACUGAAAGGGAUUUAUGCAAUGGGAUUCAACAGACCAUCAAAAAUUCAGGAGAUGGCCCUCCCCAUGAUGCUGGCACACCCACCUCAGAACCUCAUAGCACAGAGCCAGUCUGGAACAGGCAAAACAGCUGCUUUUAUCUUGGCAAUGCUAAGCAGAGUUAAUGCCUCAGAGCUGUUUCCCCAGUGUCUCUGCUUAGCUCCAACUUAUGAAUUGGCUCUGCAAACUGGGCGUGUGGUUGAGCAGAUGGGAAGAUUUUGUAUUGAUGUUGAAGUGAUGUAUGCUGUUCGAGGAAACCAAGCUCCGAGAGGCACUGAUAUAACCAAACAAAUUGUAAUUGGCACCCCUGGGACUGUUCUAGAUUGGUGUUUUAAACGAAAAGUGAUAGAUUUGAAUAAGAUUCGUGUUUUUGUCCUGGAUGAAGCAGAUGUGAUGAUUGAUACCCAAGGAUUCUCAGACCAAAGCAUUCGAAUUCAGAGAGCUUUACAGCCCGAAUGCCAAAUGCUGCUCUUCUCGGCAACUUUUGAGGAUUCCGUGUGGCAGUUUGCCGAGCGAAUCAUUCCUGAUCCUAAUGUGAUCAAGCUACGCAAAGAAGAGUUGACUCUGAACAACAUCAGGCAGUAUUAUGUUCUGUGUGACAGUAGGAAAGACAAAUACCAAGCCCUGUGCAACAUCUAUGGAGGCAUCACCAUUGGUCAGGCCAUCAUCUUUUGCCAGACUCGUCAAAAUGCAAAGUGGUUAACAGUGGAGAUGAUGCAGGAUGGCCACCAGGUAUCUUUGCUAAGUGGAGAGCUGACAGUUGAUCAGCGGGCUUCAAUCAUCCAGAGGUUUCGUGAUGGGAAAGAGAAAGUCCUUAUAACAACCAACGUCUGUGCUAGAGGUAUUGAUGUGAAGCAAGUCACAGUUGUUGUGAACUUUGACCUUCCUUUAAACCAAACUGGUGAACCAGACUAUGAAACCUACCUCCAUCGAAUAGGACGAACAGGCCGCUUUGGGAAAAAGGGCAUUGCCUUCAACAUGAUUGAAGUGAAUAAAUUGCCCUUCCUUUUCAAAAUUCAGGAUCACUUCAACAGCAAGAUUAAGCAGCUGGACCCAGAUGACAUGGAUGAAAUUGAAAAGAUUGAAUAUUAAAGUGAAGACUUUGCAGGGGUUUACAAAACACUCCCAUGUAUGUGUAAACAGAUUCCAGAAAGCUACAAUUGUAAUUUGAUGGUUGGGAGUUUUUCAGAAGGAAAACUAUUGUUUGUCAUACAGCAAAAUAAAGUUCCUGAUGGUCUUAA